AUCUAAAAUCUAUAAAAUUUCUAAUUCCGAAAAUAAGCCAUCUUUCUUUUUAAACAAAACUAAUAGUAAAAUUUUUAAUUCCAAAAAUAAGCUACUAUUUAAAUGUCCUAAAUUAAAUGAUUUUUUU